AAACGCAAAGGAGAGCCAACCCCAUUAACCGGUUACAAUCAGAAUCCGAGACAUUACAAUGACGAGGAGCUGCUGAAAGUCAUUCAUCAGGGUUCGGCGUUAGGCAUGGAUGACCCUUCAUUUAUCACCGAUCCAACGCUGGAUAAAGACACAUAGCGCACUGAUUGGACGCAACGGGGGGGGACCGCCGGCGCUUCACAUCCACAGCCAAACCAAACCAGAGCUGAGGAAACGCACUCCUUCCCCGCGCGAACGAUCCGAUUCCGACCUGUCGGUUCACGUGUACUCGCGCAGGUGGACGCGCGAGUUCGCGCUCUCGGCUUCGUCGACGGACGCUCCGCGUGGAAACAGAGGCUUAUCGCGUAGCUCCGGACGGUCGCUGCUGAUAUUCGGCAGAUACGCACAUGAGCACAGCGAACACCUCAGGCGGUACUCCGUUUGUUUUCCGCAUUCGGAGAGGAUGUAGAAGCGCGCGUAUCUGUCAGCAUUUAAGUGACUCUCGGUGAAGAGAUCACCGGACUAUCGUUUGAAAGGGAGUUGCUGCUGCUUACAUCGUGUGAGGAGCACUCGUUUCGUCUUCGGCUGUAUCGUUUCUGUGUAAACAUCUCUCGGCGGUGUCAUUCUCUGAAGUUAGCCAUCGUUUGGUGAAGUUUUUCUCAAUGGGAUGCUGAAACUCAUCAACGGCAGGUAGACAAAAGUAAGCUCACAGUUGGGUGGAGCCUGUGGAGUGCAAGCGCUCCAGUUGGUUGCUGCGUUGCGUUACACCGCGUCAUGUGGGCAGGAUGGAUGUGAAAGAACGCAGGCCUUACUGCUCGCUGACCAAGAGCAGGAGAGAAAAAGAUCGCCGCUACACGGGCUCGUCCGGCGACAGCGAGGACUGCCGCGUGCCCACCCAGAAAUCCUACAGCUCUAGUGAGACCCUUAAGGCCUUCGAUCACGACUCCUCACGACUGCUGUACGGAGGACACGUCAAAGAGAUGGUCCACCGAGAGGCAGACGAGUACACCCGGCAAGGGCAGAACUUUAACCUGAGGCAGCUAGGAAUAUGUGAACCAGCCUCGCGCCGUGGCCUGGCCUUCUGCGCUGAGAUGGGACUCCCCCACCGCGGCUACUCUGUUGGGGCAGGCUCAGACGUGGACAAUGAGAACGAGAGGGUGAUGUCACCAGAGCGUGCCAUGCGCCUUUGGGGCAGGGGUGUAAAGUCCGGCCGCAACUCCUGCUUGUCCAGUCGCUCCAACUCGGCGCUGACCUUGACCGACACGGAGCAUGAGAACAAGUCAGACAGUGAGAAUGGUUCUCCCAUGCCAUCCUCUCUCUCCAGUCCAUCAGUCACUGAGCAUUCCCAUUCUCAACCACCCUCACCCAAUCUCCAUGACAACCAGAGUUCCCUCUUAAGUAAUGCCACCACGCAGGCGGCGCAGGACUCUGAUUCGGAAGAGGAGUACGUGGCCGCUCACUAUAGACCGGUAAUACAGCCUGGCCCCAGCCACAGCUGUAAUGAGCAACCGUCCAAUCACCACCAGCAGGGCCAUUCCACACUGCCACCGGUGCCGCCCCCGCACAAGCAGCAGCCAUCGGUGACGGCGCUGAACCACAACUCUCUGAGCAGCCGCAGGAACGUGAGCCCGGCCCCUCCGGCCGCCCUCCCCGCCGAACUGCAAACCACGCCCGAGUCGGUGCCGCUGCAGGACAGCUGGGUCCUGGGCAGCAAUGUGCCGCUGGAGAGUAGAAAAUUAGCAAAGCAAGCAGUUCUUGAAAACGGGCAUGACAACUUAAUAGAGAUGGAUGUGUUCCCUCCCGUGUGCCACGAGGGCGGCUAUGGGGACGGGCACUUUCUCUUUAAAACAGGCACCGGCACCACUCCUCUCUUCAGCACAGCCACACCAGGCUACACCAUGGCCACGGGGGCGGUAUACUCGCCCCCCACGCGGCCCCUGCCCCGCAACACGCUCUCCCGCAGUGCCUUCAAGUUCAAGAAAUCGUCCAAGUACUGCUCGUGGAGGUGCACGGCUCUCAGCGCCAUGGCUGUGUCCGUACUGCUCUCCAUACUGCUGUGUUACUGCAUCGCCAUGCAUCUCUUUGGGUUGAAUUGGCAGCUGCAAGAGACCGAGGGCUAUUCUUUUGAGAAUGGCCAGGUCAAAGCCACGGCAUCCAACGCAGUCACUGCCCUGUCUACUGAGAACAGAGUUUACUUUCAGGAGAAUAACACCAUAGACACAGGUGAGGUGGAUGUGGGCCGUAGGGCUGUUCAGGAUGUGCCUCCAGGAACUUUCUGGCGCUCUCAGCUCUAUGUCGACCAGCCGCAGUCCCUCAAAUUCAACAUCUCUGUCCAGAGAGGCGCCCUGGUGGGGGUCUACGGCCGAAAAGGCCUGCCUCCUACGCAUACUCAGUAUGACUUUGUGGAGCUGUUGGACGGCAGUCGUCUGAUAGCUAAAGAGAAGCGGGGACUGGUGGAGGUGGAGGGAGCAGCAAGGAAGGCUCGUUCGGUCAAUGUUCAUGAGGCAGAGUUCAUCCGCUUCCUAGACUCGGGCACCUGGCACCUCGCCUUCUACAAUGACGGCAAGAGCACUGAGCAGGUGUCCUACAAUACCAUCAGCAUAGAUACCCUCACGGAGUGUCCACACAAUUGCCAUGGCAACGGAGACUGUCGCUCGGGAACGUGCCAUUGUUUCCCAGGGUUCCUUGGGCCUGAUUGCUCACGAGCUGCCUGUCCAGUGUUGUGCAGUGGCAACGGCCAGUACUCUAGGGGGCGCUGUCUUUGUUACAGCGGCUGGAAGGGGACAGAGUGUGACGUUCCUAGCAACCAGUGCAUCGAUGUGCACUGUACGGGUCACGGAAUCUGCAUCAUGGGCACCUGCGCCUGCAAUACAGGUUAUAAAGGAGAUAACUGUGAAGAAGUGGACUGCCUGGACCCCACCUGCUCAUCUCACGGUGUGUGUAUUCACGGAGAGUGUCACUGCAAUCCAGGUUGGGGCGGUACCAAUUGCGAGAUCAUGAAGACUAUGUGCCCAGACCAGUGCUCAGGACACGGAACCUACCAGACAGAAAGCGGCACCUGCACCUGUGACGCCAACUGGACUGGGCCAGACUGCUCUACUGAGGUGUGCGCAGUGGACUGUGGCUUUCACGGCGUGUGUAUAGGAGGAGGUUGUCGCUGUGAGGAAGGCUGGACGGGUUCUGUGUGCGAUCUUAAAGCAUGCCACUCGCGCUGCACUGAACACGGCACCUGCAAAGACGGCAAAUGUGAAUGUCACCAGGGCUGGACUGGAGAGCAUUGCACCAUCGCUCACCCAGAGACGUAUGUCCAAGGAGAGAGGAUAGGAUUUAAAGAGGGAUGCCCAGGUCUGUGCAACAGUAAUGGCCGCUGCACGCUGGACCAGAAUGGUUGGCAUUGUGUCUGCCAACCAGGCUGGAGAGGGGCCGGCUGUGACGUUGCCAUGGAGACGCUCUGCGCAGACGGCAAGGACAAUGAAGGAGAUGGUCUGGUGGACUGCAUGGAUCCUGACUGCUGCCUGCAGAGCUCGUGUCAAGCUCAACCCUUCUGCCGUGGCUCUCCUGAUCCCAUCGACAUUAUCAGCCAGAACCAACCAGUCAACCCACAGCAAGCAGCCCAGUCAUUCUAUCAGCGAAUCAGCUUCCUUAUCGGCCCAGAGAGCACGCACGUCAUUAACGGAGACAACCCCUUCAACCGGAGCCUGGUGUCCAUUAUCAGAGGGCAGGUGCUUACUGCAGAUGGUACACCCCUGAUUGGAGUCAACGUGUCCUUUAUGCACUACCCAGACCACGGGUACACCAUUACACGGCAGGAUGGCAUGUUUGACAUUCUGGCCAACGGUGGAGCAUCACUGACACUGAGCUUUGAGCGGGCUCCGUUUCUGACGCAAUUCCGCACGGUAUGGAUCCCGUGGAACGUCUUCUAUGUGAUGGACACUCUGGUAAUGAAGAAAGAGGAAAAUGACAUUCCUAGCUGUGACCUAAGUGGCUUUAUAAGGCCCAGCCCCCUCAUCGUGGCCACGCCCCUCUCCACCUUCUUUAGAUCCUCGCCUGAGAAUGGCCCCAUUAUUCCAGAGACACAGGUUCUUCAGGAGGAGACCGCCAUUCCAGGGAGCGAUCUGAACCUGAUGUACCUGAGCUCGCGGGGGGCAGGCUACCGGCCGGUGCUGAAGGUCACCAUGACUCAAGCCACUAUCCCCUUUAACCUCAUGAAGGUGCACCUGAUGGUGGCCGUGGUGGGGCGCCUCUUCCAAAAGUGGUUCCCCGCGGAACCCAAUCUGUCCUACACCUUCAUCUGGGACAAAACAGACGCAUACAACCAAAAAGUCUACGGCCUGUCAGAAGCAGUGGUGUCUGUGGGAUUUGAGUACGAGUCUUGUUUGGAUCUGAUCCUGUGGGAGAAAAGAACAGCCAUUCUUCAGGGUUAUGAACUCGACGCCUCGAACAUGGGAGGAUGGACCCUGGACAAACACCACGUGUUGGACGUUCAAAACGGAAUCCUGUACAAAGGCAACGGUGAGAACGUCUACAUCUCCCAGCAGCCCCCAGUGAUCAGCACCAUUAUGGGCAAUGGGCGCAGACGCAGUAUCUCCUGUCCUAGCUGUAACGGUCAGGCUGACGGCAACAAGCUGCUGGCUCCUGUGGCUCUGGCCUGCGGGUCCGACGGCAGCAUUUUCGUCGGAGACUUCAACUACAUCAGACGCAUCUUUCCCUCGGGGAACGUUACAAGUGUCAUGGAGCUGAGAAAUAAAGAUUUCAGACAUAGCAACAAUCCUGCGCAUAGAUACUACCUAGCAACAGACCCGAUGACAGGUCAGCUGUACGUGUCGGACACCAACUCACGGCGGAUCUUCAAGCCUAAAGCCCUGACGGGAGCCAAAGAACUGUUGCAGAACGUAGAGGUUGUGGCAGGGACUGGAGAGCAGUGUCUACCCUUCGAUGAAGCUAGAUGCGGUGAUGGCGGCAAGGCCACGGAGGCGCUUCUGCUGGGACCCAAAGGCAUUGCAGUGGACAAGAAUGGCUUCAUAUACUUUGUGGAUGGCACCAUGAUCCGUAAGGUGGACAGGAACGGUAUCAUCUCCACACUGCUGGGGUCUAAUGACCUCACAUCUGCUCGCCCUCUGACCUGCGAUACUAGCAUGCAUAUUGGACAGGUGCGUCUUGAGUGGCCUACAGAUCUUGCCAUCAACCCAAUGGACAACUCCAUCUAUGUGCUUGACAACAACGUGGUGCUACAGAUCACGGAGAACCGGCAGGUGCGCAUUGUGGCGGGCAGACCCAUGCACUGCCAGGUGCCCGGAAUCGAGUACGCUAUGGGAAAGCGUGGCAUCCAGACCACUCUAGAAGGCGCGACUGCCAUUGCUCUCUCCUACAGCGGUGUUCUCUAUAUCGCCGAGACGGAUGAAAAGAAGAUCAACCGUAUCAGACAAGUUACCACGGACGGCGAGAUUUCUCACCUGGCUGGAGCGCCCUCUGACUGCGAUUGCAAGAAUGACGCCAACUGUGACUGUUAUCAGACGGGCGACGGCUACGCCAAAGACGCGCGGCUAAAUGGGCCUUCCUCUCUGGUAGUCUCUCCUGACGGAACACUCUACGUGGCUGACUUGGGAAACAUUCGAAUCCGUGCCAUACGUCGUAAUCGACCUCUGCAAGGCUCUUCGGGUCUUUAUGAGGUUGCGUCACCAGCCUCUCAAGAGCUCUACGUGUUUGACGCCAACGGUACGCAUCAGUAUACCAUGAGCCUUGUUACGGGUGAUUAUAAGUUUAACUUCAGCUACAGCAAUGAGGAUGAUGUCACGGCGGUAACAGACAGCAGUGGGAAUACUCUCCGGGUUCGCCGCGACCCCAACAGAAUGCCUGUACGCAUUGUUGCCCCCGACAACCAAGUCAUCUGGCUGACAAUUGGCACGAAUGGAGGGCUCAAAUCUCUUACAGCACAGGGACAGGAGUUGGUCCUCUUUACUUACCAUGGUAAUAGCGGCCUGCUUGCCACCAAGAGCAUCCAGAUUGGCUGGACCACAUUUUAUGACUAUGACAGCGAGGGACGUCUAACCAACGUAACCUUCCCCACCGGGGUAAUCACCAGUCUGAUUGGAGAGAUGGACAGAGCCCUCACGGUGGACAUUGAGACCUCAGGAAGAGACGAUGACGUCAGCAUCACCACCAACCUCUCCUCCAUCGACUCCUUUUACACACUGGUUCAAGAUCAGCUAAGAAACAGCUACCAGGUGGGCUAUGAUAACUCCAUGAGGGUCAUCUACGCCAAUGGAAUGGACUCGCAUUUCCAAACGGAGCCUCAUAUACUUGCGGGAGCAUCCAACCCCACAGUGGCCAGACGAAACAUGACCCUCCCUGGGGAGAAUGGACAGAACUUGGUGGAGUGGCGCUUUAGAAAAGAACAGACCAGGGGGAAAGUCAUAGUGUUCGGCAGGAAACUCAGGGUCAAUGGUAGAAACCUGCUCUCUGUGGACUAUGACCGCACACUGCGGACAGAGAAAGUAUACGACGACCAUCGAAAGUUCCUCCUGAAGAUCGAGUACGAUACCUCUGGUCAUCCUACACUUUGGGUGCCCAGCAGUAAGCUGAUGUCUGUCAACCUCACUUACUCCAGCACUGGACAGGUCACAAGCAUCCAGAGAGGCCCCACAAACGAGAGAGUUGAAUACGACAGCCAGGGACGAAUAGUGUCAAGAACCUUAGCUGAUGGCAAAACCUGGAGUUACACAUAUCUGGAUAAGUCCAUGGUGCUGCUUUUACACAGCCAGCGACAGUACAUCUUCGAUUACGAUCUCCAGGAUCGACUCUCCGCCAUCACUAUGCCUAGCGUGGCCCGUCACACCAUGCAAACCAUCCGAUCCGUGGGAUACUAUCGCAACAUCUACAAUCCGCCUGAAAGUAAUGCAUCAGUUACAGUGGACUACAGCGAGGACGGCCAGCUCUUGAGGGUGGCACACCUGGGCACAGGUCGACGUGUCCUCUAUAAAUACCGCAGACAGAAUAAGCUAUCUGAGAUCUUGUACGACAGCACACGGGUGAGCUUCACGUAUGACGAAACCGCAGGUGUGCUGAAAACUGUCAACUUGCAGAGUGAGGGUUUCAUUUGUUCUAUCAGAUAUCGCCAGAUAGGCCCACUGGUGGACCGUCAGAUAUUUCGCUUUAGCGAGGACGGCAUGGUCAACGCCCGCUUUGACUACACCUACGACAACAGUUUCAGAGUGACCAGCAUGCAGGGAGUCAUCAACGAGACUCCGCUUCCUAUUGAUCUUUAUCAGUUCGACGAUAUUUCUGGCAAGGUAGAGCAGUUCGGCAAAUUCGGAGUCAUCUACUACGACAUUAACCAGAUCAUCUCCACUGCUGUCAUGACCUACACGAAGCACUUCGAUGUCCACGGCCGCAUUAAGGAGAUCCAGUACGAGAUCUUUCGCUCGCUCAUGUAUUGGAUCACAAUCCAGUAUGACAACAUGGGUCGCGUGACCAAACGGGAAAUAAAGAUCGGCCCUUUCGCCAACACCACCAAAUAUGGCUACGAGUAUGAUGUCGAUGGUCAGCUCCAGACUGUCUACCUAAACGAAAAAAUGAUGUGGCGGUACAACUACGACUUAAACGGAAACCUGCACUUGCUCAAUCCCGGCAACAGUGCUCGACUCACCCCACUACGCUACGAUUUACGGGACCGCAUUACACGACUGGGCGAUGUGCAGUAUCGCAUGGACGAAGAUGGCUUCUUGCGCCAAAGGGGUGCGGAAAUCUUUGAGUACAACUCCAAGGGCCUCCUAGUCCGGGUUCACAGCAAAGCCAGCGGCUGGACCAUCCAGUACCGUUACGAUGGGUUGGGAAGACGCCUGGCCUCUCGCAACAGUCUCGGCCAGCACCUUCAGUUCUUCUACGCUGAGCUCAACUACCCUACACGGAUCACCCACGUAUACAAUCAUUCCAGCUCCGAGAUCACCUCGCUUUACUAUGAUCUCCAAGGACAUCUGUUUGCUAUGGAGAUCAGCAGUGGUGAGGAGUUUUACAUAGCUUGUGACAACACAGGAACGCCGCUCGCAGUCUUCAGCAGCAACGGGCUUCUCCUCAAGCAGGUUCAAUACACUGCCUAUGGAGAGAUCUACUUUGACUCGAAUCCUGACUUUCAGUUGGUUAUUGGAUUUCAUGGUGGCUUAUAUGACCCUUUAACAAGACUACUACACUUUGGAGAGCGUGACUAUGAUAUUCAAGCUGGCCGUUGGACUACUCCAGAUAUUAGCACCUGGACCAGAGUGGGCAAGGACCCAGCACCCUUCAACUUGUAUAUGUUCCGCAAUAAUAAUCCCAUCAGCAAGGUGCAUGAGGUUAAGGAGUAUGUUACAGAUGUCAACAUCUGGCUUGUGACAUUCGGCUUCCAUCUGCACAACGUAAUCCCAGGAUUUCCCAUCCCUAAAUUUGACCUCACCCAGCCCUCAUUGGAAAUGAGGAAGAGUCAGCUGUGGGAUGACCUGCCGUCCAUCUCGGGGGUCCAGCAGGAGGUUAUGCGGCAGGCCAAGGCUUUCCUAUCCUUUGAGAGGAUGCCCGAGAUCCAGUUCAGCCGUCGACGUUCCAGUCGGGAGAAACCCUGGUUGUGGUUUGCCACAGUGAAGUCGCUCAUCGGCAAGGGUGUGAUGCUUGCCAUUACCAGUAAGGGUCAGGUGGCCACCAAUGCACUGAACAUAGCCAAUGAGGACUGCAUUAAAGUGGCCACUGUCCUCAACAAUGCCUUCUACCUGGAAGAUCUGCACUUCACCGUGGAAGGUCGCGACACGCACUACUUCAUAAAGACGAGCCUGCCUGAGAGUGACCUGGGCGCCCUGCGACUCACCAGUGGCCGCAAGAGCUUAGAGAACGGUGUCAAUGUGACUGUGUCACAAUCCACCACUGUGGUCAACGGGCGCACUCGACGUUUCGCAGACGUGGAGUUGCAGUAUGGUGCGUUGGCUCUGCACGUCCGCUACGGCAUGACGCUGGAUGAGGAAAAGGCACGUAUUUUAGAACAGGCCCGCCAGAGGGCGCUGUCGAGCGCGUGGGCGCGUGAGCAGCAGCGUGUACGCGAUGGGGAGGAAGGUGUGCGUCUUUGGACAGAGGGCGAGAAGAGGCAGUUGCUUAGCUCUGGAAAGGUGAUGGGUUAUGACGGCUACUAUGUAUUAUCAGUGGAGCAGUAUCCAGAACUGGCCGACAGUGCCAACAAUAUUCAGUUUUUAAGGCAAAGCGAGAUUGGGAAGAGGUAACAGUGUGCAGAACACAGAUUGCCUAACAGACUACUGCCCCCUCUCUGAGCUCCUCUCCCGCUUGUACACACCACUGGACUUCCCAAAGUCCAGAGAUCGAAGGGAAGGGGUUUAGGCUAGAGAAGGAGUUGUGCCUAAGUGCCACACACACAUCAGUUAUACAGAACAACCUGAGGCACUUCCUCCCAUAGAUCAAACCACACCCCCAUCCAACACGUUCGCCCCCACACUAUUGCAUCGAAUGCAUAAUAGACUCCAA